AGUUUCAUCCGGGCUAUCGCAACUACGACAAAAUGGCGGCGUCCACAUUAAAGUGGAAACGAAUUUCUAAUACCUCUGGCCCUUGUCCUAGGCCUCGUCACGGCCAUCGAGCGGUUGCAAUCAGAGAUUUAAUGGUUGUAUUUGGUGGUGGUAAUGAAGGAAUCGUCGACGAGUUACACGUUUUCAAUACCGGUGAGAUUUUAGUUCUGUAGACAUUGCUGUAAUUCGAUUCAACAUGGCUCUCUUUGUUGUGUAUCAAACUUUUAAAUUUUUCAAGUCAUUUGUAUCUCUCAAGUAAAUCACAAGUAACUAAACGUUUUCCCUAAUCGAAUACUAAAUUUAUUGCCUACUUUGAAGUCUGAUUAACAGCUUUAAGUGUUUUAAAAACUACCGGCGUUUCUGCAGUUUCCAAUAUGGCCGCGUCCAAUGGAGGCAAACAUUUUGUAAAUAUUUAUGUUUUUAACAAAGUACACAAGGGAAUCAUCUUAAAAGCGUUCUUUUAAGGUGUUAUAAUUAAUUAUAUCAAUAACUUGGGCUUUUGGUUUGGUUAAAAGAUGUAUUUCAUAUCAAAAUUUGACUACGGUGUUAAGUUGAGCGUUAGCUUCAAGAUGGCAGCGCCCACGGCAUAACAUGAGCGUUAAGAGUAGUAGUUUCCAUGUAAACAGUAAAAUAUCUCCUGUUUGCUAAAAAAGUAAAUGUGAUCGCAUCUAAACUCAAUUCUUUUGUUUUAAGUCAUACCCUAAUACUUUGAUUUUAACAUUGAUUGCUAAUAAACUAUAAAUAGUGACAAGCAGUUCGAAUUGGUAAAAGAUUAGGCUAUCCUGUUUAAAAGAUAAACAAGAGAAUUUCUAGCUUGAUUGUUUCUUUUUGAUUUAAAUAUUCGCAUAAAAGCAUUUUAAAAUUAAAUUAUGUCGUCAUAAAUCUAAUUAUUUUAAAACAAUUUUAAAUGUGAAAGGUUUGGAGAAUUUUAUAGAGAACAGUGUAAAAUGCACAUGCAGUGUUUGUUUAUUGUUUAAAAAAAUAAUAGUAAAUAUGAUAUAUAAAUCAGAUAAUAAAUAUGUGAAAUUUAAUCUUAUUUCUAAAUUAAUUAUAUGUGUUUACAGCUACUAAUCAAUGGUUUGUACCUGCUGUUCGAGGUGAUAUACCACCGGGAUGCGCUGCAUAUGGCUUUGUAUGCGAUGGGACAAGAGUUCUUGUCUUUGGUGGAAUGGUCGAAUAUGGAAAGUACUCAAAUGAAUUAUAUGAAUUGCAAGCCAGCAGAUGGGAAUGGAGGAGAUUACGACCGAAACCGCCAAAAGGCGGUCAACCGCCAUGUCCAAGAUUAGGACAUAGUUUUACUCUACACGCAAAUAAAGUUUAUCUAUUUGGAGGUUUAGCCAAUGAUAGCGAAGACCCAAAAAAUAAUAUUCCCAGAUAUCUAAAUGAUUUGUACACACUUGAGCUAAGACAAGGAACAAAUACCGUUGCUUGGGAUAAGCCUAUCACAAAUGGUCAAGCUCCACCACCCCGAGAAAGCCACACUUGUGUGGCAUACGUUGAUAAAUUUGGUCAGAAUCCUAGAUUGCUUAUAUACGGUGGUAUGAGUGGUUGUAGAUUAGGAGAUCUAUGGCAGUUCGACAUAAAUACAAAUGCUUGGACAAAACCAACUUACACAGGCGUUGCACCUUUACCGCGUAGCUUACAUUCAGCAACUGUUAUUGGACAUAGAAUGUUUGUAUUUGGCGGUUGGGUUCCGCUUGUUAUGGAUGAUGUUAAAGUUGCUUCACAUGAAAAAGAAUGGAAAUGUACAAAUACCUUGGCUUCCCUCGAUUUAGAAACAAUGUCUUGGGAACCGUUGGCUAUGGAAGUUUUCGAAGAUGCUUUACCAAGACCGAGAGCUGGUCAUUGCGCAGUUACAAUUCAUAAUAGAUUAUACAUUUGGAGCGGUAGAGAUGGAUACAGAAAGGCAUGGAAUAAUCAAGUUUGUUUUAAAGAUUUAUGGUUCUUGGAAACUGAAAAACCCGCUGCCCCGGGAAGAGUUCAAUUGGUUCGUGCAAGUACGAAUACUUUGGAAGUUUGUUGGGGAAAUGUUCCCAAUGCCGAUGCAUAUAUAUUACAAUUGCAAAAAUACGAAAUACCGGCUUCGCAAGCUCCAGCUUCGCCGUUAGCUUCAACUGCUCAAGCAAAAACUCCAACACUGCGUCAAGUCUCUCCGGGAACAGCACAAAUGCGAUCUGUUGCUCCUUUGCAGUCACCUCAGAUACGAACCGUUUCCCCUAGGGUAACUACACCUAUCGUUCGCCCUGGAAAAUCUCCUGGCAAUACAACAACUAUUAAGGUUGUUAGUGGUCCUGGUGGACAACAAAUAAUGACAGUUCCUACUAAAACUGUUGUUAAUACUAGUGGCCAGUCAGGAGUAAGAACAGUGUCUAAUGUUAGUGGCAUUAUAUCUCAGAGCAACAGAUCUUCAUCUAAUUCAGCAGCUGGUAUUAAGGUAGUUACCCCAACAAUAAUGGGUCCGUCCAGCAUCAAAGUCACUCCGGUAAGUAGACAGGUUGUGACUGCUGGACAACAAACUGUCAGGAUGACAUCUCCAACAAUAAUUAAGAGUGGCACACCCACCACGGCCUCCGGUCAACAAAAGCAGAUUAUAACAGUUCACAAAGGAGGUCAAGUAACUUUAGUAAAAACUACUCAGGGUGUAUCGAUGGGUCAAGUACCUAAAGUAACGUUACUUUCUAAUAAGUCUGGUAUGACUGUUAAUCAGACAGGAGGGGUAAGCCAAAAGUCUCUUCCCCAAGGUGCAACAAUUGUAAAGCUUGUGACAACUCAAGCAAAUCAAGUAGGAAAGCCAACGACUAUUAUCACAUCGCAAGCGUCGGGAUCCGGUGGACAAACUGUUGUAGGAGGUAUAGCAAGUGGUCAACAAAAGACAAUAAUUAAAACUGUUCCAUCGAACUUGCUAGCAGGUAAACCAGGUGGCAAGCAAACAGUUGUUAUAGCCUCACCCAAAAGUGCUCAGAAUACACCGCAGGGUACAAAAAUUAUCACCGCAUUGCCGAAAUCUGGAAAUUCAGCGACACCUUCAUCGACCCAAUUUUAUGUAGUAACCUCUCGACCAGGACAAUCGCCUCAACAAGGAAGCUCUAAACCUAUCAUAACACUUGUUUCAGGGAGCGGUGGAACUGCUCCAACUAUGUCAGCUGUUGAGCAAGCAGCAGUUGACGCUGCAGCUGAAAGUCAAGCUCUUGACGAACUUCCUCAAGUCGACGGUAGCGGGGACUUGAGGAUACCACAGUUAGACGGGAUGUUUGACGGUGAUGCAAACGGUAGUAAUGAAGAUGGUCAAUUAGAUUCAAAUAAUCAAGAUGUUGCACCCGCCUCAGAUGGUCUACCCGAACAAUUCCUUGAAGGUUCUGCCGAAGACGCCGAAGAACCAGUACCUAUGCCUCAGCUAGCAGAAAACCUUGAUCAAAACCAAGCAGCCGAAGAAAGGAACAAAAGCUCUAUGGAUAUAAAGCAAGAAACAGAUGAAGCAGCAAAUGCUGACGAUUUAAGUGGAGCUGAUGCUCUAGCGACACUUGCCUCAGCUGCUGUGUCAGCCGCCGAUGGUGUUCAAAUAAAGAAAGAGGAGAAAGUGAAAGAAGAAGCUGAUGAUAAAACGGAAGAUGAAGAUGGUGACAAGAAAAAAGAAGAGGACGGUCCGAAGUGGUACGAUGUAUGUGUCAUUAAGGCAACCAAUUGCGUUGUGUCUUCCUAUUACAUUCCAAACGACAAAGAGUCCUCAACUGCCAGCAACGAAGAAGAUGGGGUAGAGCAGAAACCUCAACUUGACAUUGACGUUGUGAAUUUGCCAGAUCAUUCGCAAAUGAAAAAGGAAACUCUAACGCCAGGAACGGCUUACAAAUUUAGAGUAGCAGCCAUGAACUCGUGUGGACGAGGACCUUUUAGUGAAGUUUCAGCAUUUAAGACCUGUCUGCCAGGUUUCCCUGGAGCCCCAAGCGCCAUCAAAAUCUCUAAAUCAACGGAGGGUGCCCACUUAUCUUGGGAGCCCCCACAAAAUACCGCAGGAAAAAUUACAGAAUAUUCUGUUUACUUAGCUGUCAGAAAUCAACCUGACCGAACCACGCCAUCAACUCCCGGUGCUGCCGGACAGCAGCUGGCUUUUGUAAGAGUGUAUUGCGGACCGCAGCCAACUUGUAUAGUUAAUCAGAGUAAUUUAUCAACCGCUCACGUUGAUUGCAGCACAAAACCAGCAAUAAUAUUCCGCAUUGCUGCAAGGAACGAAAAGGGCUAUGGUCCAGCCACCCAAGUUAGAUGGUUGCAAGAUUCAAUGCUUGCGUCGUCACCUGCCGCAAAUAAACCAACUUUUAAGCGAACUAUCGCUGUCGCUGAUUCAAAAGCUACAACGGUAGGAGGUGUGCAGGUUAAGAAGAUCAAAGUAGACGGUACAGAAUAAUUCUCUUCAGGCUCUACUUAAUAAUAAUAAAAAAGAGAUUUUGACUUGAAAAGUUUCGUUCAACUUUGCAUCAUGUACAAAUUAGUGUUAUGUCUUAAGUUUUCUUUGUUCUAGCAGUGUUAUUUGUGUUUAUGCAUAUACUGUUGUAUAUUUUUUGGGGCGAUAUUUGACAUUUUUAUGGUAAUAUGUGAAAAAGUAUAUAAUUAGACUAAUCAUGUAUAGAUAAAAAAAAACGAGAUUUACUGUAUGACAUGAAUUAUCAUAAAGCACUCUUGCACAAACGAAUAUCUAAA